AACUCAGCCCUGUCCUACCGAUGUAAACUCAAGAGUCAAUACAAACAGACCUUAUAGAAAGAAGAUUUAGGUUUACGAGCUACAUCCACCCGGAAACAUGGAUGGAAAGACAUCUGCAGAAACUGAAGGAAACAUUCGUUUGCAGAUCGAGCUCGACGCGAAGAUCGGAGACACCAGUAGUGAUGGUCCAAGUCCGACCAGUUUUGAACCCCAAAGUAGCAUUACCAAAAACAGUAGCGACACCAGUUCUGUUUCUCCUCCUAGAUCACCGGCAGAGCGAGCACCGGAACAGAAACUGACCCUCUUCGCUCUCCGGCUUGCAGUGCUGGAGAAAGCAGCCACUGGGCUAGGAACUCUCGGGUUCAUCUGGGCAACAGUUGUUCUUCUUGGUGGAUUUGCCAUUACUCUUGAUAAAACAGACUUUUGGUUCAUAACCAUAAUUCUGUUGAUCGAAGGGGCACGAAUUUUCAGCCGUAGCCAUGAGCUUGAAUGGCAACACCAAGCCACAUGGUCAAUCACUGAUGUUGGAAUCAGCAGUUUCAGGGCAAUAAUGUCCAGCUCCCACUUCAUCAUCAAAGCUGUGAAGGGUAUAUUCAGGCCUAUUACUGUAGUCAGGAAGCCGACUGGAGACAGCAGGGAUAUCACAGAAAGUAGGCACCAGGCAAGCCGGAGAGAGAAGAAGAUGCCAAGUAGAACAUGGGCGAUUUCAGAUGUUCCUCUUCUGCCAUAUGCUCAAUGGUUUUUCCUCUCGAAAAAUGUUAGCAGGCUUCUGUACUGGCUCCAACUUGCCUCUGCAACAGCCUGUGUGGUUCUUUCUCUGAUGAAGCUUAUUAGAAGAAACUAUGGUGAAAUUGCAAAAGAAGAGAAAGACAAGAAGAAUAGGAAUAAUGCUUUGAAUAUUUUCUACGCCUUGGCCUUGGCGGAAGCUCUGGUGUUUCUCUUGGAGAAAGCUUACUGGGAAUGGAAGGUCAUCUAUUGUAAAUUGCUGGAUGAGGUGAACAAGGAGUGUGAGUUGGGACCUACAGGGGUGAUCUCAAUCAAAAGGUUUUUCUAUGAUGCCUAUUCGAGAUGUGUCAAUGGAAGCAUUUUUGAUGGCCUAAAAAUGGAUAUGGUUUCAUUUGCCAUGGACCUCUUGAACUCGAAUUCUCCUGACGAACAGCUCAUUGGAGUUCGAAUUCUCCGACAAUUCUCGAUGAGCCACCGAUUUUCUGGUGACACGCUGCAAAAUAUUGGGAUAACUUUAUCGGUGAUAGAAAGGUUAGUAGAAAUGCUGAAUUGGAAAGAUCCACAGGAAGAAGAGAUCAGGCACUCUGCUGCAGAUAUCUUGUCAAAAUUAGCUGGAAAAAAGCAAAACUCCCUUCGGGUUGCUGGUAUAACAGGUGCAAUGGAAUCGAUAUCUUCGUUGCUCCACGUCCACAGGAGCUCCGGUGGAGCAGCUGAUGAAAUAUCUGAAAAGAAAAUCAUCUUUGACAAUGAACAUUAUGGUUUCUGGACAUUCAAUCAGCUGGGCCUUCUCAUCUUAAAGAAACUUGCCCGUGACCAUGACAACUGUGGAAAGAUUGGAAACACAAGAGACCUAUUACCAAAAAUUAUCGAUUUCACACAAGCAGGAGAGAGGUUAUUGAAGGAUGAAACUGUUACAUCAUCUCAAAUUUUGACAGUGAAGAGGUCUCUGCAACUGGUGAAGAUGCUGGCAAGCGCAACAGGAGCCACCGGUAAACAGCUUCGGAAGGAGAUUUCCGAGAUAGUUUUUACCAUUAGCAACAUCAGAGACAUUUUACAGUAUGGAGAGAAGCAUCCAAUGCUACAAAAAUUGGGCAUAGAAAUUUUAACAAGUCUGGCUUUGGAAGAGGAUGCAACAGAGAUGAUUGGUCGCACAGGUGGUGUUCUGAAAGAAUUGUUCAACAUUUUCUUUAAAGAGGGCAUGCCUGAAAAUCAGAAUCAUGUAAGACUUGCAUCUGGAGAAGCAAUAGCGAUGCUGGCAUCAGAAAGCAAGAGUAAUUGUUAUCGCAUUUUGAAACUGAAAGUGACUGAGAAGCUGGUUGAAGCAUUGGGAAUUCCAUUGCUUCGCAUAAAUGCAGCAAAGAUUAUGAGAAAUUUGUGCGCCUACAGUGGAGAAGAUUGUUUUGAACUGUUCCAGGGCUUCACCACCGCAGUACCAACUGUGCUUAAAGAAAUCAUUACAGCAGAAGGCAAAUUGCAGGAAGUGAUGAUCGGACUAGCAGCACGUGCUUUUAAAUUUAUGACAUCUCAGGAAUCAGGGAUCAUGUUCAAGGGAGCUGGAAUUCAAGAGGUAGAAUUAGCUAGGGCCAUAGUCCAGAUUCUGAAGAAACAUCAGUACCCACAUAUCAAGAUUCCAAGAAUAAGGAGGUUUGCAAUAGAGUUGGCAAUUUGGAUGAUGAGAGAUAAGGAAACAAAUGUUCAAUUUUUCAAAGAUCUGGGAAUGGAGAAGGAACUGGAGUACGUCACAGAAACCACAUCAGAGCUUGAAAGCUUCAAUAUUUUCUCUGGCACUGUCGGUCUGAGUCGGGACAGUACAACAAUCCAUUCUCUAGUUGAAACUGCAAUGAAGUUACUUGCUGUAUAGACUUCACAGAACCAGUAUUCUAUGUUGAUUCACAAGUGCACAUGCAGAGACAUUGUAAAUAAACAAAAUUUGGAUAUUCAUUUUGCAAGCACCCACUAGGCAAACUCUCAUAUCUAUGGUAAAGCUCAGAAUUUUAUGCCAGUACAUGAUUGUUAUUUCACAAGGUAGAUUGUUGUUUUUUAAAGUAGCAUUUUAACACACAAUCAAACUUGAGAACGUAAGUUAAACUAGGCAAAAGAGGACAGACACUGACCUAAUGGUUGACUGAUACA